AUGUCUCUUCACUACCUUCCACCUGUCAAGCCAUCCGCCAUCGCCCUCGGCACCAUCUUCAACCACGCCGCCUCCCUCGCAAUCCUCGGCCCUGUCUUCGGCGAUACCUACCACCGUGCCCAAGCUGCCAACUCCAAGGAGGAGUUCGUCAAGUCCAAGGAGGCUGCCUCUGCCGCCGCUGCCUGGGGAACGUCCCUUGUCGGUAGCGCCGUCCAAUCAUACGGUGUUGGUGCUCUGAUCAAUGCCACCGGAACUCUUUCCUACAAGGGCUCCGCAUACCUCGGAUCUUUGAUCUUCUUUGCCAGCUCUGCUCCUUCGUUCAUCGCCCAAAUCUUUACCGAGAAGCGUCCUCUUGACACCGUUGCCGUGGGUGCCCUUGCCCGUGUCUUCGAGACAGUCGGUCUUUCUCUGUUCCUCACCUGGUGGGGAACCCGCACCAACCCAUUCGAGUAA